UUCUGCCUCCGGCUCCAGGUUCUCGAUUUCACGGCCUCCACCUCCAGAUUCUCGAUCACUCUCUGCUCUCUCCCUAAUCUCGAUUUCACCGUUGCCGUUGCCGUUGCCGUUCCUGUUGGUUUCUGUCCUCAUCGCGGCUGUCCAUCUACUAUCGCCGUCGCCGCUGUUCUUCCACCGUCCACCAUCGUCCCUCCCAUUCAUAACUGACACUUGUAGUUCCAGUGGGGUUUCUUUGAGUUAAAAAAUUCAGCACCUUCAGUGGCUUCAAUGGCUGCCGCCAAGUUCAACAAGAAGAAGGGUGUGAAACGGAACGACCCACCAUCAAAAACAAAGAAAAAGGAAGAGCUCUUUACGGCAAAGCGGUCUAAGGAGGAGGAGGAGAAUGAUUCUGACCUUUCUGAUGGUCUAGGCGAUGCAGAAGUUGAGAAUGGAGUGCUUGAUGAUGAUGACGGAUUUGGGUCUGGUUCUGAAGUUUCUUCUGAUGGUGAUGAUCCCUUGGCCGAUGAUUUCCUCCAAGGAAGCGACGAAGAGAAUGGUUCGGGAUCAGGUUCGGGAUCAGUUUCGGGUUCUGAUUCCGAUGAAGACGAUAUCGUAAAUAAGUCAAGAGCCAUCGAUGAAGAAAGGGCGAGGGUAGAGAAAGAAGCAGAGGAUGAAAUGAAGCUCAAUAUUAGAGAAGAAUCCGAUGAGUUCAGAUUACCAAUUAAGGAGGAACUUGAAGAAGAAGUGCUUAGGCCUCCUGACCUUUCAAAUUUACAAAGGCGGAUAAGAGAGAUUGUUCGAGUGCUUACGAAUUUCAAGGCUUUGAGGCAAGAGGGAGCAACCCGGAAGGAUUAUGUUGAGCAACUUAAGAAAGACAUAGGUUCAUACUAUGGCUAUAACGAAUUCCUUACUGGGGUUCUAAUGGAGUUGUUUCCAGUUAUUGAGCUAAUGGAACUUAUUGAAGCUUUUGAAAAGCCUAGACCAAUAUGUUUGCGGACUAACACCUUAAAGACAAGAAGGCGGGAUUUGGCAGAUGUUCUGAUUAAUAGAGGUGUGAACCUGGAUCCAUUAAGCAAGUGGUCAAAGGUUGGACUUGUUGUAUAUGAUUCCCAAGUGCCAAUUGGAGCAACUCCUGAAUAUAUGGCAGGUUUUUACAUGCUACAAGGUGCAAGCUCCUUUCUGCCUGUGAUGGCCCUUGCUCCUCAGGAAAAGGAACGAAUCAUUGACAUGGCGGCUGCUCCUGGUGGUAAAACUACUUACAUAGCAGCACUCAUGAAAAAUAGUGGAAUAAUAUUUGCCAAUGAGAUGAAAGCACCAAGACUGAAGUCUCUCACUGCAAAUCUACAUCGGAUGGGAGUGACAAAUACUGUUGUCUGUAGCUACGACGGGAAGGAGCUCCCGAAAGUAAUGGGCACGAAUACGGCCGAUAGAGUUCUAUUAGAUGCUCCUUGCAGUGGAUCUGGAGUUGUAUCUAAGGAUGAAUCUGUUAAAACCUCAAAAAGCGUAGAAGAAAUCCAGAAAUGUUCCAAGUUGCAGAAGGAACUUAUUCUUGCUGCAAUUGACAUGGCUGAUGCAAAUUCAAAAUCUGGGGGUUAUGUUGUUUACUCCACAUGCUCCAUAAUUGUUGAUGAGAAUGAAGCAGUAAUUGAUUAUGCACUAAAAAAGCGGGAUGUGAAACUUGUUCCAUGCGGCCUUGAUUUUGGACGUCCUGGGUUUAUCCGGUUCAGGGAAAAACGUUUUCACCCAUCCUUAGAGAAGACAAGACGUUUCUACCCCCACGUCCACAACAUGGACGGUUUUUUUGUGGCAAAGUUGAAGAAAAUGAGCAACAAGAUACCAACUGCAGAAUCUUCUGAUCCAUUGGAAACGGCAAUGGAAGAAGAUAAUGAGUCGGACAAGAGUGAAAAUGAGGAGAAUGAUGGUGAAUGUCUUCAUCCACGCAAAGAACAAGUAGAAGGUAAAAAGAGGAAGGAGGUUUUGCAAAACCACGAUGUUGAAAAUGGCGAAGAGUCAACGCCCGCUACGGAAAAGAGGAAGAAAAGAAAAUUCCCUUCAAGAAUGGAAAUCUCAAAAGCUAGGGAAGAGAAACGACAAGCUUUGAGAGAAAAGAAAGCAGGGGGCAAGAAAGGGUAAAGCUCUGAAUCGAAUUUUUUGAAGGUACAUGUUAAAGAUUGAGUAGUCGAUCUACAAAGUAAAUCUCCAAGAGAGUGAAAUCUGCUGAUAUUUAUUGACCAUUUAAAAGCUGUUCAACUGUGGAGAGCCAAUACAUUUCUUGUAUGAAAUGUCCAAUUUUGUUAGAUAAGAUUCACGUAGGAUCAUUCUCCUCUCAUACAUUUGCUUUCUAAUCUAUAUUUUCAUGAUGUAGUUUGUAUUCUUUAUAACCAACCAGUCACAAUUUGAGACCAUGCCAUGGUGUUUCCUCGGAAAUUUGUAAUACAGCAUCGGUUUUAGGGUA